AUGCGCUCGACGCUCCCGCUCCGGGGUCUACUCAAACGCUCCUCAUACUACGAUUCAGACUACCGGCAAUCGGCGGCGUUGAUCCGCGCACGCCGACCGUAUCUCUUCAAGAAUAUCGUUACUGGGACAGGAAUCAUGAUGUUCGCAGUUGGAGUUUUCGUAUUCACACUCCGAGCCGUCGGACAAGAUAACUUCGACGACGUGGUUGUGCCAGAUGCCCCGCAGAAGAGCCAGACGGUUGCGCCUAAGAAUCCGCAGGGCCAAGUCAACGGUAUGCGGUCGUGA